UCCAGUUUCCCUGCUGCCUUGGGAUCCCAGGCUAUCCAUACAUCUCCCUCCCGUCGGGAUUUAAUGGAAUUCUUCGAUGACAAGAAGAACUGGGGCGAGAUGGAUGUGAAGACUGGACGAGCAUGGACAAAAGAUGAGCUUAGAAUCAAGUCCAACAGCGACCUCCACAAACUCUGGUACGUCCUCCUGAAGGAGCGCAACAUGCUGAUGACCAUGGAACACGAAUGCAAUGAGAAAGUUGAAACGUUCCCAAGUCCCGAACGAAUUGACAAAGUCAAGAUCUCAAUGGAGAAUCUCGAGGAAGUUGUCCGGGAGCGCAAUCGUGCCUACCAUCUGCUAGAAACCGGAGAGACAGGAGAGCGUCCCACCAAAGAGAUGGAAGACGUCCUGGGUCUGAAGCAGGAAGUGAAGCUGAAUGAGUAUGCAGUUCCCAAGGCAGAGGCCGAUCAGGAAGUUGUGGCACGUGUAGAGAAGGAUACCAAGCAGUUCCUCCUGAAGCUCAGGGAAAAGGAAACGAUUGCGAGGACAAGGGAGAGGAAUAGGAAUCGCAAUGAGGUGAUGCAUCUGCUCAGGAGAUUCCCGCAUCUGGACAAGAAGAUGCUGGCAGAGAAGUUUCCCGGAGUGGACAUUGAUAAGCUCCUGGAGAAGGAUAUGUGCAGGGGGCAUUUUGUACCCAAUAAUUAGUUUAUCAGGGAGCAUUUGUAGUUAAUGGAAACCAAUAAAAAGGAUUUUUUCUGCUACCAUUUUC